AUGGGCUGCCAGAUUUUCCAGGAGGAUGCUGUGGGAGACAGUGUCAAAGGCAUUGCUGAAGUCCAAAUAGACAACAUCCACAGCCUUUCCUGCAUCCACCAGGUGGGUGACCUGGUCAUAGAAGGAGAUCAGGUUGGUCAAACAGGACCUACCUCUCCUAAACCCAUGCUGGCGGUGACUGAUACCCUGGCCAUCCUGCUGACUUUAGCGCUGGAUGCCGAGCAGCGCUUGGCACAGGUGGAGGAGUUUUCAUCACAGACCCAAAUUAACUCCGGUGAAGUUGUUCCGCGCCUGCCAGUGCCGGAGGAGCAAUCUCCGUGCGGGAGAAGCGCCCAGCGCGCCGCCCUCCCCUCCCGGCGCCGCUCGCCCGAACAAAGGCGGCAGCGCCGGGUCCCCUUUGUGCGCCGCGGGCCGGGCACGGAGCGAUCCCAGCGCCCGCCCCGGGCUCCCAGCACGGCCUGGCCUGGCCCGGCACGGCUCAGCACAGCACAGCACAGCAGCGCGUCGGGAGGAAGCGCUGGCUGCGCGGCGGGCGGGCGGCUGCCCGGGCCCUGCCCGCCCCCGUCUCCUCCUCUCGGCCGCCGAUUCUCCGCCCCCUCCGCCCUCUCCUCGCGGCGGCGGCGGCGGUGCCUUCCUCGGCCCCGGCUCCUCCGGCUCUCCGCGGCUUCGCCUCGCUCCGCUCCGGGGGCUCCCGCGCCGCGCUGCCCAGCACGGCAUUGCUGCAGGGAGCCUCUGGGAGUUCCAGGUCAAGAGAUCUGCCUUGAUCUGGAGACCUCUGCUGAAGGUGAAGACCUCCUAACGAGCCAGACAGCCUUAACAGGAGCUCAGAAGUCUUACACCAAGAGUCCUCUGGAGCAUUACAUUCCCCCAUUUGGAGUGUGGACAAGAGUUUGGCAUUCUGCUUUUACAGAUCGCUGCCGCUCGCUCCUGGAGCGCAGGGGGGACGGCCAGACUCCCACAUCUUUCAGCGAGAAGAAAGGAGCCAGCGGAGCGGACUAAUACGGACUUGUGUCGGGUGCCCUUGCCCUACAAAGGCUGCCUUUAAA